AUUGAGCGCAACGCAAAACCGCAAUCGACAACGUGAACCGAUAACUAGUUGAACUAGUUAUCAUUUGUCGCGCUGCAUUAUGUAAAUUACUUCGAUAAUAGGGAACGGUUUGAAGUGAACGAAUGCACGAUGAGUAAUUUGUUAAAGAAGUGGGAUUAGUAGUGUUAAAAUGGCAAAUUCAAGAAAGCACAAUAAUAAUUCAAGUGUGCGUCAACUUUCUGAAAUAGCAAACACGUUUCCACCAACAGAAGUUUGUUCAGAAACUUCUAGUGAUGUAUUUAUUUCAAAGGAAGUUUUGAAUCCUCAUAUUUUGUUUGUUGAGCCAUUUUACACUGGUUCACAUAAAGAAUUGAUAGACUUACUCCAUGAUUGGUCUCCAAAGAGUAGACUUAUUACUUUGAGUGGUAAAAAAUGGCCAUGGAGAGCAAGAUGUUCAGCUCUCAUUCUUUCAUCUCAUAUUCCACAAAUCACAACAGAGAAAACAAUCUUCUGCAGUUCAGUGUUGUCUUUGGCAGAACUCCUAGGUCUAAGACCAGACCUUCAAAAGCUUAAGAAAAUCGUCUAUUUUCAUGAAAAUCAAUUUGUUUAUCCGAUUCGCCAAAUUAAAGAUAGAGACGUGCAGUAUGCCUACAAUCAAAUUACAACUUGUUUAGCUGCGGAUGAACUAGUUUUUAAUUCAGAGUUUAAUCUGCGAAGUUUGCUAGAUAAUUUGAACAAAGUCGUUAAACUACUACCCGACUAUCGCCCGAAGGAUAUGCAACUCAAAAUACAGCCAAAGUGUAAAGUUUUGUAUUUUCCUGUUUGGUAUCCACUUUUACCUGACGAUCAAAGUGAAAAUUUAGAGUAUUUAACUAUAGUAUGGCCGCAUCGAUGGGAAUUCGACAAAGCGCCCGAGGUUUUUAUCAAUAUUUUAACGAAAUUGAAACAGAAAAAUUUGAAUUUUCGUGUACACAUCCUUGGCGGCAAUUUUGCUGAUGUGCCUGAUGUUUUAAACGACGUCAAGGAGAGUUUAAAAGAAAACAUUCUAACUUUUGGUUUUGUGGAAAGCAAGGAUGAAUAUUACGAUAUAUUAAUCAAUAGUGAUGUUGUGGUAUCAACAGCUAUACAUGAAUUCUUCGGGGUGGCAAUGUUGGAAGCAAUGUGCUACGGUUGCUUCCCGAUCGUGCCCAACAAACUAGUGUAUCCAGAAAUUUACCCACCACAAUGCCUUUACAACGAUGAAGCUGCAGCAGUGAAAAUGUUAACAGAUUACUGCAAGAAUCCAUCAAAGGCUAGAAUUGAUAGACAUGCACUGGAUUGUGGCUUUGACUUUGGAAGGUUUGCUUAUGGCACUUUAAGGCCACGAUAUAGGCAAUUACUUAAAUAAAAAGGUAGAAAUGAAA